AUGACAAGGUUGAUUGUGUUGGCGCUCGUCGUCGCUAGUUUUAUUCCUGCAAUUUUUGCCAGUUAUUGUGGACAAUCCGCAAUCCCUUUCACUUUUCAAGUAAGUUCUUUUUUCUUUUUUCGCGCCUCAAAAAAAUGAGCUUAUUUCCAGGUGCUCCGCUCAGGCCACCCAGUUUUAGGAUGUGCUCGUCCAAAAUGUUUCGGAUGGACUGCAAAUGGAACACGCGCUGGAGAUUCAGCCCAAUUUUAUAGAGUUGCUGGAAAAGAAGAUGGAUAUUUGAGAAGAUCUGAUCAAUUUAUCAAGCCACCAAGCAAAAAUGCCAAUUUUGUGCCACAAAUUGCUGUGAGUUUGGGGGAAAUUUCAUUUUCUGAAAAAACAGGAUAAAAAUAGUCAGUUAAAGAUUUCAGAUCAGUUUCAGAUCUAGAUUCUAUCUAGGUUUCAAAAAAAAAUGAAUAUUUUUAGUGAUGAUUCUGGUUACAGUAUUGAAUUUUUGUGAAAUUGGUUUCAGAAUAUAUUCAACUGAAUUUUUUCAUCACUGAAUCACAAAUCACAAAUAAACUCCAAACCUAAACGAAAUUCAACACAAUUCAAAAUUUUCAAUGAAAAUGUCGCCCUGAAAAUCCCAAAAUUUCAGAUCUGCUCUGACGACUACAAAUCCGCGACCUGCGAAGAAGGUGAAUGGGUCGGAGGUCUUACACCACAAUCAGAUCCAUUCGCAACACAAGUUCAAAUGAGAUGUUGUAGCUAUCAAGUGCUCAUCAAUGCUCAAGAUCGUGGAAGAGCCACUGUCAAACAAGGUCAAUUAGUUGUCGGAGGAGAAGUUCUCGAAAAUGGUCGAUUAGUAGCUUUUGAUUAUAUUUCAAACGUUCAAAAAGAGGUCGGCAAUAAUGGAACGUAAGUUUUUGAAGAGGAAAAAUUCUAGAGUCUUACAUAAGUUUGUAGAAUUGUGUACUAUGCAACCAUCAAACGUAUGCCAUGUUUCGAUGAAGAAGAGCAAGUGAAAGAGACUAUUGUGAACGCUGGAGCUGCUGUAAUCCAGCAACAAAAACCUAUUGAAACUAUUGUGAACAACCAAGCUGUUCCACAAAUUCCACAAGUCCCACAACAAGUUCCAACCAACCCAAUCUAUGGUAACGGUGUUCAAAAUUAUGGGCAAUUUGCUCAACAAGGAUACGGAGUUGCUCAACAACAACAACAAGUUUAUCAAGGAUAUCCAGGUUAUCAGCAACAAGUUCAACAACAACAAGUUCCAUAUUACCAAGAUCCAUUGGCUCAAAUGUUCCAACAACAGCAAGCUCAACAAGCUCAGCAAGCUGCUCAACUCGGAUACACUCCACUUCCACCAUUCCCACCUCAAAUGUUCCCACAACCUGGUCUAGCCCCAGUUCCAGUCCCAGUUGCUGCUGUUCCAGUGCAAUUAUCAUCCACCGUACCACCAAUGACACUUCCGAAAUUGGAAGAUCUUCCAAAACUUCAAAUUCCAAGUGUUGAAGAUGUUGAGCAAGUUAUUCCACCAGUUCAAAGAGCUAUUUUGACAAGUGUUGCUAAAUUCUUUGGAGUACUGUAGAUAACAUUUUUUUUUGUAUUUUGAAAUUACUAUAACCAAAGCUCGUACUAAUAAUGAACAAAUUAAUAAUAAUAAAUUGUGAAUUUUCAACAUUUUUUGAAACAGUAAGAAAAAAUACCAGGUGUUAAGUACAUAUUUUCGGAAAAACAAUCAGGAUUCAUUGUUGAAUGUAUUUAUUUCUCACGUUUGUUUUUCUCAAAAUUUCCAAAUUAUCCCUGUUUCAUUGUGUUUGAAAUGAAUUGCUGUGGGGAAUUUUUCCAUUUAUUUUCUGGGAAUCUUGGGAUUUUUUCAAAACAAAACUUGAAAUUUUAAUCACCAGCUCCACCAUAUUUAUUUUUCAGAGUUAUUCACCCUCCAAAACAGAAGUAACACCCUCCAAAACAGAAGUGUGGGCUCUUAUAGAUAUUUUUAAUCAUAAGAAAUUCCUAGAUUUCUCUCCACGAUUAGUCUUUUUUCUCGCAAAACAAAGUGCAUAUUCCUCUUUGUCUCAACACAUACCAAAAGCUGGUGAAAAGAAAAGAGAGAGGCACAAAAAAUGGCGCCAAAAUUGAUUGAUUCGCAUUUAGUUAGAGAGAAAAUGAAUAGAAAUGUGACAUUGGUUUUUGUUGCGCAAUAUUCAUUUUGAACAAAAAUACACGGGUUUUAGGUGGGAAUGUUUUGAAAAACUUUACUCCCAAUUUUGUUCUAGACAGAGCAGAAAAAUCAAAUCACCGAUUUUUAUCUUAAAAUCUUUUAUUUUCAUGAAAAAUAAAGUUUCAGAUAUUCCUCAGCAAGCUUCUAAACGAAAAAACUCGGGCCGAUUUUUUUUUGAAAAAACUCUGGCCGAUUUUUUUUUGAAAAAACUCGGGUCGAUUUUUUUUUGAAAAAAGUUUUUUUUGAAAAAACUCGGGCCGAUUUUUUUCAUCCAACGAAAAAACUCGGGCCGAUUUUUUUGAAAAAACUCGGGCCGAUUUUUUUCAUCCAACGAAAAAACUCGGGCCGAUUUUUUUAAAAAAAAACUCGGGCCGAUUUUUUUGAAAAACUCGGGCCGAUUUUUUUUGAAAAAACUCGGGCCGAUUUUUUGAAAAACUCGGGCCGAUUUUUUUUUUGAAAAAACUCGGGCCGAUUUUUUCAUCCAACGAAAAAACUCGGGCCGAUUUUUUUUGAAAAAACUCGGGCCGAUUUUUUUUCAUCCAACGAAAAAACUCGGGCCGAUUUUUUCAUCCAACGAAAAAAUUCGGGCCGAUUUUUUUGAAAAAACUCGGGCCGAUUUUUUUUUGAAAAAACUCGGGCCGAUUUUUUUCAUCCAACGAAAAAACUCGGGCCGAUUUUUUUCAUCCAACGAAAAAAUUCGGGCCGAUUUUUUUUCUGAAAAAACUCGGGCCAAUUUUUUUAAAAACUCGGGCCGAUUUUUUUGAAAAAACUCGGGCCGAUUUUUUUUUGAAAAAACUCGGGCCGAUUUUUUUUGAAAAAACUCGGGCCGAUUUUUUUGAAAAAACUCGGGCCGAUUUUUUUGAAAAAUCUCGGGCCAAUUUUUUUUUGAAAAAACUCGGGCCGAUUUUUUCAUCCAACGAAAAAACUCGGGCCGAUUUUUUUUUGAAAAAACUCGGGCCGAUUUUUUGUUUUGAAAAAACUCGGGCCGAUUUUUUUUUGAAAAAACUCGGGCCGAUUUUUUUUCAUCCAACGAAAAAACUCGGGCCGAUUUUUUUCAUCCAACGAAAAAAUUCGGGCCGAUUUUUUUUUGAAAAAACUCGGGCCGAUUUUUUUUUGAAAAAACUCGGGCCGAUUUUUUUUUUUCAUCCAACGAAAAAACUCGGGCCGAUUUUUUUCAUCCAACGAAAAAAUUCGGGCCGAUUUUUUUUCUGAAAAAACUCGGGCCAAUUUUUUUUUUAAAAACUCGGGCCGAUUUUUUUUUGAAAAAACUCGGGCCGAUUUUUUUUUGAAAAAACUCGGGCCGAUUUUUUUUUGAAAAAACUCGGGCCGAUUUUUUGAAAAAACUCGGGCCGAUUUUUUUUGAAAAAACUCGGGCCGAUUUUUUUGAAAAAUCUCGGGCCAAUUUUUUUUUGAAAAAACUCGGGCCGAUUUUUUUCAUCCAACGAAAAAACUCGGGCCGAUUUUUUUUGAAAAAACUCGGGCCGAUUUUUGUUUUGAAAAAACUCGGGCCGAUUUUUUUGAAAAAACUCGGGCCGAUUUUUUCAUCCAACGAAAAAACUCGGGCCGAUUUUUUUUUUUGAAAAAACUCGGGCCGAUUUUUUGAAAAAACUCGGGCCGAUUUUUUUUUUUGAAAAAACUCGGGCCGAUUUUUUUGAAAAAACUCGGGCCGAUUUUUUUGAAAAAUCUCGGGCCAAUUUUUUUUUGAAAAAACUCGGGCCGAUUUUUUUCAUCCAACGAAAAAACUCGGGCCGAUUUUUUUUGAAAAAACUCGGGCCGAUUUUUGUUUUGAAAAAACUCGGGCCGAUUUUUUUUUGAAAAAACUCGGGCCGAUUUUUUCAUCCAACGAAAAACUCGGGCCGAUUUUUUUUUGAAAAAACUCGGGCCGAUUUUUUUGAAAAAACUCGGGCCGAUUUUUUUUUGAAAAAACUCGGGCCGAUUUUUUUUUGAAAAAACUCGGGCCUUUUUAUUUAUAUUUUUAUUUUUAUGAGUCAAUUUUGGCAAUUUUUGAACUUUUGAGAGCCCAGAAUUUGGCUUUGAGAUCUAAAAUUUUUAGAGUGUUCUUAUGACCCCAAAACUGGUCCCUGUCCAUGGAUAAAAUUUCAUCAAGAUUUGAAGUUUUGAGUAAAAAAGGUUCCUUGUUGUGAGUCAUCUUUUCCCCUAACUUCUACCGUAAUCUUUUUUGCACGGUAAAUAAUAGUUUUAGUUUCCCAUGAACUUUAUGCGAUACAAAUGUCACUCCAUUCUUUUGUUUUUCUUGUGUCUACUUGUUUCCUACUAAACUAUUUUUGUGACACUUUUCUUUUUUUCCUCACAUUUUUGUGGCUUGCUACUAUUUUUUCAAUCAAUUUAAUUUUUUCAGGGCUUACAACCAAAUUCGAUCAAUAUGAAAAUCAUCAAGUUUACUCUCAAACACUCCUUCAUUGACCGGGUUGGUUGAUAUUGAAUUUAUGAAGGUAGAAUUAUUUUUUCAGAGAUCUCUUAGCAAUAUCUGUCACGAACAACAAUGCUGUUAUUGCCAAGACAAUCGCAAAAGAUCGCAAUUGAUUCGCGUGCCAAAAAAAAAUGUUGAGAUUUUGGAAUGGAUAAGAGUUCACGGGCCAAAGUUUGCGAAAUGUGUUCGACUUUAUCCAAGAGGCUUGGUUUGCAGAAAUCAUUUUUUGAAGAAAUGGAAGUGUCCGGAAAAGGAGGUGGUGAGUAAACCCGAUAUUUCUAAAUUCUUUUGAAUUAUUUUUAAAAUUCUCUAAUUUAAGCCAAGUCCAAAUGACGCUGAUGACGACGACAUUGAGGUAAUCUCGCAUCACAAAUUCUCAAUCCCAAUCACUGUUCCGAAACCAAAAACAGUCAGAGAGCAAUUCGACUGCAAAAAGAACGAGGUAUUUUCAUUCUUCUUCCACUCACAUUCAGACAAAAAUCACGAGAUUUUCAGAAACCGUGCCGCAUUUGCGAAGAUAUCAAAGAUAUUUCCGAGAUGUCGGAAAUCCCCGAACCACCCAUGGUUCGAAAAUGGAAGAUGACGAAAAAAGAGGAGUUCAUAAAAUCGCUGUCUGAACGUCCAGGGCCACAUUAUUUGUGCACCAUUCAUUUGGCAGAUUUGGAAGCGGAAUAA